AUGGACCAAAACCGUGCUGUGUUCGAGGACCUGGCCGUGGGUGCCCCUUUUGACGGCGCGGGCAAGGUGUUCAUUUACCACGGCAGCGCCCUGGGCAUCGUAGCGCCCCCUGCCCAGGUGCUGGACGGGGAGGCCGUGGGGGUCUCGGCCUUUGGCUACUCGCUCUCGGGGGGGCUGGACGUGGAUGGGAACCUGUACCCCGACCUGUUGGUGGGGUCCCUGUCGGACACCGUGGUGCUCUACAGGGCGCGGCCGGUGGUUCACGUGUCCCGGGACGUGUCGGUGCUGCCGCCGCUCAUCGACCUGGAGCAGAGCAACUGCCGCGACGGGCCCGGCGUGUGCCUGGAGCUCCGGGCGUGUUUCAGCUUCAGCGAGAGCCCGGGCAGGGACAGCGCCCCCGCCCCGCUGGAGCUGGCGCUGGCGCUGGAGGCGGACUCGGAGCGGCGCCUGCGGGGGCAGCAGCCCCGGGGCUCCUUCCUGGAGCGGGGCCCGGCCGAGCCCGAGCACCGGAUCCGGGCCCGGCUGGAGCUGCCCCGGCCGCGGGAGCGGCGCUGCGUGCCCGCCACCUUCCGCCUGCACGACGACAUCCGGGACAAGCUCCGCCCCAUCGCCGUCACUCUGUCCUUCUCCAUCGCGGGGACCCCGCGGGGGACACGGGGGACACGGGGGACAUCGGGGACACGGGGGCGCCGGGGGACGGCGCUGCCCCCACUGGAGCCGGCGCUGAGCCCGCGGCAGCCCAGCACGCUGCGCACCGAGGUGCAUUUCCUGCGCCAGGGCUGCGGCGAUGACCGGAUCUGCCAGAGCCACCUGGAGCUGCGGCCGCGCUUCUGCGCCCGCCUUGGGGACAGCGACUUCCUGGCCCUGCCCCGGGACGAGGACGGCGCUGCCAUCCUGGCCAUCGGUGACCAGAAGGACGUGGCCCUGGAGCUGCAGGUGACCAACGAGCCCUCGGACCCCGCGCAGCCGCACAGGGACGGGGACGACGCCCACCAGGCCCUGCUGGUGGCAUCGCUGCCCCCCGAGCUGCCCUACGCUGCCAUCCGGGCCGAGGAGAGCGCGGUUCUGUGCUUGGCCAACCCCAACGGCUCCAGGGUGGAGUGCGAGCUGGGGAACCCCCUCAAACGGGGGGCUCAGGUUCGCUUCUUCCUCAUCCUCAGCACCUCGGGCAUCUCCAUCCACACCACGGAGCUGGAGGUGCUGCUGGAGCUCAACACGACCAGCGAGCAGCCGGGGCUGGAGCCGGUGGUCGCCCGCGCCCGCGUGGUCAUCGAGCUGCCCCUGGCCGUGACCGGCGUGGCCGUGCCCCCCCGGCUGUUCUUUGGGGGGCAGGUGCUGGGGGAGAGCGCGGUGAAGAGGGAGAGCCAGGUGGGCAGCGCCGUCCGCUUCGAGGUCACGGUGUCGCAGCGGGGGCCGGUGCUCCGGACCCCCGGCGCGGCCGCCCUGACCGUGCAGUGGCCGCUGGAGCUGCCCAACGGGAAGUGGCUCCUGUACCCGCUGAGCCUGGAGCUGGGCACCCCCCCCGUGCCCUGCAGCCCCCCGGGCAACCCCCUGCGCCUGGCCCUGGAGCCGCCAGGCCGGGGGGAGCCCCCUGAGGAGCCCCCAGCCCGCUCGUGGUGGGUGCCCGCGGGGAGGAAGAGGAGGAACGUGACCCUGGACUGUGCCCGGGGCACGGCUCGGUGCCGCCCGUUCCGGUGCCCGCUGCCGUCGCUGGAGCGCUCGGAGCUGCGGGCGCGGGGGCGUCUCUGGAACGGGACCUUCCUGGAGGAGUUCCUGGACGUGGAGAACCUGGAGCUGAUCGUGCGCGCCGAGGUCUCGGUGUCCUCCCCCCGCGGCAACGUCGUCAUCAGGGACGCGGUGGCACAGAUGUCGGUGUCCCUGCACCUGGACCCGGGCGUGGCCGUCACCGCUGUGCCCUGGUGGGUGCUGCCGCUGGCGGUGCUGCUGGGGCUGCUGCUGCUGGCGCUGCUCGUGCUGGGGCUCUGGAAGCUGGGAUUUUUCCGGCGGGCGGCGGCGGCCCCGCCCCCGGCCGUGCCGCGGUUCCGGGCCGUGCGAAUCCCGCGGGAGCAGCGGCCCCAGGCCCGCGAGGGCCACACCGGAACCAUCCUGCGGCCACAGUGGGCGGCCGGACCCACGGACAGGGACGGCGCCGGCGCCGCGCCCGGACCCGCCUGA